UGGGUGAACUUCGUCGCGCAGAUAACCCGCCCCUCGCUCAGCGCCGGCGGUUGCUCGCCCAGCCGGUCCUGCCCAGCUCGCCGCCCGCCCGCCCGCACGCUCUGCCUCGCCGCCCCGCGCCCCGCGCCCGCGCGCCCUCCCGGAGCCGGGCAGCGACCUCUCCUUUCGGGGCCGAGCCGGGGUGCGCGUGGGCGCGCGCGCCGAGCGGCCUGGAUCCCGCGGCGGCGUCCGCGCUCCGCGUUUUCGCUCCCGCCGGGCCUCGGAGGCCGAGGGCGGGGUGCGCGGCGGCGCCGCGGCGCGGGGCUCGGGAGUCGGGCGCACUCCGCCUGCAGCCCGCUGUGAGCGCCGCCUCCCGCGGCCGCCGCCGCCCGACAGCGCGCCCCGGAACAUGCCAGCCUCGCGCCGCCUGCGCUGACUUCCCCGAGGGGCGCCGCGGCCGGCACUGCGACUUGCCGGGCUCUCGAUGCUCCGCUUGCCGCCUGCCCUCGCCCACCCCUGACGCCGCGGACCUCGGCUCCGCAGACGUGCCGCGGCGCAGAGGACCGUCCAGCCGAGUUCUCUCUCCCUCGCGCGGGAAUAAAGCAUUUCCAUAUUGUGCACUAAUAUCUUUGGAAGGCUGGUGUGAGAGCAAACACGCUGGGAGAAGAAAGUACAGGAAUCCGGGUGCCAAGUCCUGCAUUGUUGCAGUUCCUCGAAACCUCAGGCAGCAUAUGGAGCCAGCACUCCAGAACAGAAUGCCAGGGACAGAGGUGGCACCAGGAACCACAACAGCACUCCCCCCCACCACCACUUCUGGACUUCCCCAUCUCAGAUACACCCAAGUGUACCUCCUCCGCACCCCCAGUAACCGCAGCCAUUGUUUGAUGUCCUGUGACUGAGAAACCGGCCUUUUCACUUUCUUACUAUGCCUUUGGAGAUGGAGCCCAAAAUGAGCAAACUCGCCUUUGGGUGCCAGAGGAGCUCCACGUCAGAUGAUGACUCAGGCUGCGCGUUGGAAGAGUAUGCCUGGGUGCCCCCAGGCCUCAGACCCGAGCAGAUCCAGCUCUAUUUCGCUUGCUUACCAGAGGAAAAGGUUCCUUAUGUUAACAGCCCUGGAGAGAAACAUCGAAUUAAACAGCUUUUGUACCAGUUGCCACCACAUGAUAAUGAGGUGCGGUACUGCCAGUCUCUGAGUGAAGAGGAGAAGAAAGAACUGCAGGUGUUCAGUGCCCAGCGGAAGAAAGAAGCCCUUGGAAGAGGAGCAAUCAAGCUUUUGUCCCGAGCAGUGAUGCAUGCCGUGUGCGAGCAGUGUGGAUUGAAGAUAAAUGGAGGUGAAAUUGCAGUGUUUGCCUCCCGCGCGGGCCCUGGAGUGUGUUGGCACCCUUCCUGUUUUGUCUGCUUCACCUGUAACGAGCUGCUGGUCGACCUCAUCUAUUUUUACCAGGAUGGAAAAAUUCACUGUGGCAGGCACCACGCUGAACUGCUCAAACCACGGUGUUCAGCAUGUGAUGAGAUCAUUUUUGCUGAUGAGUGCACAGAGGCCGAGGGUCGCCACUGGCACAUGAAGCAUUUCUGCUGCCUUGAGUGUGAGACGGCCCUGGGAGGACAGAGGUACAUCAUGAAGGAUGGCCGCCCGUUCUGCUGCGGCUGUUUUGAGUCUCUGUACGCGGAGUACUGUGAAGCCUGUGGGGAGCAUAUCGGGGUUGACCACGCCCAGAUGACGUACGAUGGGCAGCACUGGCAUGCCACAGAAGCCUGCUUUUCUUGUGCCCAGUGUAAAGCUUCUUUGUUGGGCUGUCCUUUCCUUCCCAAACAAGGCCAGAUUUAUUGCUCAAAAACAUGCAGCCUUGGGGAAGACGUCCAUGCCUCUGAUUCUUCUGACUCUGCGUUUCAGUCCGCCCGAUCCAGAGACUCCAGAAGAAGUGUCCGGAUGGGCAAAAGCAGUCGGUCAGCUGAUCAGUGUAGACAGUCUCUUCUCUUGUCUCCUGCUCUGAACUACAAGUUUCCUGGCCUGUCAGGCAAUGCUGAUGACACCCUUUCUCGGAAGUUGGAUGAGCUGAGUCUCUCUAGGCAGGGAGCAAGUUUUGUCAAUGAAGAAUUUUGGAAAGGCAGAGUGGAGCACGAAACCCCAGAAGAGCCUGAAGAAUGGGCCGAGCAUGAAGAUUAUAUGACGCAGCUCCUCCUCAAGUUUGGUGAUAAAAGCCUCUUUCAGCAGCAGCCCAAUGAGAUAGAUAUUCGAGCCAGUGAGCAUUGGAUAUCUGAUAACAUGGUUAAAAAUAAGACCGAGUUAAAGCAAAAUAACCAGAGCCUUGCAAGUAAAAAAUACCAAUCUGAUAUGUAUUGGGCACAGUCCCAAGAUGGACUGGGUGAUUCUGCUUAUGGCAGCCACCCAGGCCCUGCAAGCAGUAGAAGGCUCCAGGAGUUAGAUCUGGACCACGGGGCUGCAGGAUAUAACCAUGAUCAAACACAGUGGUAUGAAGAUUCCCUGGAGUGUUUGUCAGACUUGAAACCAGAGCAAAGUGUUCGAGAUUCUAUGGAUUCUUUGGCUUUAUCUAAUAUCACAGGGGCUUCAGUGGAUGGAGAAAGCAAGCCGAGACCCUCAUUGUAUUCCCUGCAAAACUUUGAGGAGAUGGAGGGAGAGGACUGUGAGAAAAUGAGCAAUAUGGGGACUUUGAACUCUUCCAUGCUGCACAGGAGUGCAGAGUCCUUGAAGAGUCUAAGUUCAGAGUUGUGUCCAGAAAAAAUCAGGCCUGAGGAGAAACCGGUGCAUCUGCCCGUGCUUCGAAGAUCCAAGUCUCAGUCCAGACCACAGCAGGUGAAGUUUUCGGAUGAUGUCAUCGACAAUGGAAACUAUGACAACAUCGAAAUCCGGCAGCCUCCGAUGAGUGAGAGGACUCGAAGACGGGUCUACCAUUUCGAAGAGAGGGGAUCCAGGUCUCAUCACCAUCGCCGCAGGAGAAGUAGGAAGUCCCGCUCUGACAAUGCUCUGAAUCUUGUUGCAGAAAGAAAAUACUCUCCCAAGGAUAGGCUGCGGCUUUACACCCCUGAUAACUACGAGAAAUUUAUACAGAAUAAAAGUGCCCGGGAGAUCCAAGCAUACAUCCAGAAUGCUGAUCUGUACGGACGGUAUGCCCAUGCCACCUCCGAUUACGCUCUGCAGAACCCGGGAGGGCCUAGGUUUCUGGGACUCUACGGUGAGGACGAUGAUUCUUGGUGUUCCUCCACCUCCUCCUCCUCUGACUCCGAAGAAGAAGGAUAUUUUCUUGGACAACCAAUUCCUCAACCCCGGCCCCAGAGAUACGCCUACUACACAGAUGACCUUUCGAGCCCAACCUCACUCCCCACUCCUCAGUUUGGUCAGAGGACAACUAAAUCCAAGAAGAAAAAGGGACCCAAGGGCAAAAACUGUAUUAUUUCUUAACCUAGUAGCUGUGGAGAUCAUGUUUAAACUUUGCCAUUAACCAUCUUGAAGCGUAUCUUCUUUCUACCAUAGGAAAGUUGCUAAAAUAGUUUAAAGUGCUUUGCCCAUGUAAAUGAGACCCCUGCUGCUGUUUACAGUGUCAGAUUAACAUUGGGAAGGUGUGAUUUCUCCAGUUUGCCCUCCUUGGAUGGUGCCAGUUUGAUGUGACAUCUUGUGCCUGCCAGGUGCAUUACAGUUCUGUGUAGCGGCUUUGGUCUCCAGUCCUCAAGAGAAUCCUCAAGAAACUGUCACGAGGUGAUUGGACGGGGGUGUUGAUUUUAGACAAUGGAGAACUUCCGCCACCUUUGUAAAGCGAUAGUGUUUGUCGUUUGUCUACACCAGGUUGGCCCAGGUCCUGAUCAGUCUGUCUUGUUGUGCGGCAUGCACGUAGUCACACUGACCCAGCCAAUUCUGUGCAUCCCAUCGUGCGAGACCACCUCGUCCCCUUUCAAUUAGCCAGGUAAACAGUGCAUUGUAUUAGCUCCAGCUACAGAUUGAAAAAGACACUGCUAUUUAUAAUGUAGUAUUUCAUAGACUUAAGUGUAUUCCUAAUUUAACGGUGCAAAUAUUAAUGUACAUAUGUACAGUUCAGAUUUUAAAGCUGGUAUUUUUAUAUCCCUGAAUUGCAAGACGUUUGUUACACUGCAGUGCUAGAUUUGUUGGGGAACCAGAAACAGCAUUUAUGGAUGAAAUGAUUGCUUGUAUUUUAGUCAGGGUUUAUAAGCUUAGAUGGUCAAAUUUAUAUUGCCUAGUGAUGGAAAGUUUAAAUUUUUUGAUUUUUCAAUAUUAAAAAGGCUCUGUAUGCAUGGUGGGGCUAUGUAAAUACUCUUUAAAACUAUGGCCCUAUUAAUCUUACGAGUGCUAUUUAUGGGUCAAGCAAUGUAAACUGUAUAAAUGUAAAAACAAACCCAUACAUAUCCCUGGAAUAUAUGGUAAAAACAAGUAGAAGUUG